AUGAGGUCAGCAGCAGUCAGAAGGCUGGGUUUUGUCACUCCUGUGAGUCGAUUCUUCAGGUUGGAGUUCACUUCCAUCAUGAGGAUGGAGCUGUUUACCUGUGGAGUCCUGCUCCUUGCCCUCGCGGCUCCAGGAAGUGAUGCACAGAUGAGUGUUUGUGGCAUUGCUCCACUCAACACGAAAACCAAGAUUGUUGGGGGUCAGGACGCAACUGCGGGGGCGUGGCCCUGGCAGGUCAGCCUAUACAGAGGGGGACAUUUCUGUGGCGGCUCUCUGAUCAACAGCCAGUGGGUUCUAACAGCCGCCCACUGCUUUCCCAGCACCAGCACCGCAAACUUGAUUGUUUAUCUGGGACGACAAACUCAGCUACACCAGAAUCCUAAUGAGGUCUCCCGAACAGUGUCCCAGAUAAUCAAACAUCCAAACUACGACAGCCAAACCAUUGACAACGACAUCACCCUGCUGCGGCUGUCCUCCUCUGUGACCUUCACCAACUACACCACACCCAUCUGUCUGGCAGCAUCAGGCAGUGUCUUCCCCGCCGGGCUGGACACCUGGGUCACGGGCUGGGGAAACAUAUACAGUGACGUUGCCCUACCGUCACCUCAGACGCUGCAAGAGGUGGAUGUCCCCAUCGUGUCCAACACUAAGUGCAGUGACUCCUACAGCUCAAUCACAAGCAACAUGAUCUGUGCAGGUCUGACUCAAGGAGGAAAAGACUCCUGUCAAGGGGACUCCGGAGGCCCGUUGGUUGCUAAGAACGCCACUCGGUGGGUCCAGGCUGGAAUUGUGAGUUUUGGAAAUAGCUGUGCUCAGCCGAACUACCCAGGAGUCUACACUCGUGUGUCUGAGUACCAGUCCUGGAUCAACAGCCAGAUCACUGGCGAUCAGCCGGGCUACAUCAACUACAACACCGACUUAACCUCAGCAGCUCACCUCAUCUCCCUCUCAGUCCCUCUGCUGCUGUCCGUCUUACCUGUCUUCUUCUCACUGUUUGUCCUCUUAUGAGCCUUUCUAUUUGGUUCUCCAAGCUAAAUAAAACCAUCAGCUCAGGGUCAAAAUGUGACGAAACAGUCUGCCAGUACUUCCACAUCCUUUUUUGCACAAAACCACGAACAAAUGUUGAGAAUUGGAUGUUUGUUUUAAAUUUUAAAACUAUUAAAACCAAUAGCCAAAUAAAACGGUCACAGUUCAACCAUCUAAUUAUAACUAUAACCAGUAUCUGAACAUAUGGUAACUAAAAUAUUUUGAGUUGAUUGGACGAGCAAUUUUAAUUUAAUAAACUUCAAAUGUAUGAGUAAAAUUUAUUAAGAAAUUUAAUUUAUGAAAAUUUAAAAUUUUCAGUAUCAAAACUCUAAAAAAUUGAGGCAAAUGAUCGCCUCAAUUUUUUUGAGUUCUGGGAACUUAUUCGGGUUUACAGUGAUAGAGUUAUUUUAAAAAAAAACUUUCAUUUAAAUUGAUUAUUGAGUGAUUCUGUUUACAAACAACCAUAAUAAUAAUAUACAGGAGCCUGAAACAAAUCCAACUGAAUUUAAACAAGUUAACUAAUGAAAUGAUGAUCAAUAAUUAAAUACUGACAUGUUACAGGAAUUAAAUUAUUGGCAUAAAGUUUCACAGAUAAAGCUUUGUUAUAAUCACUAAACCGUAAUAAAAUAAAAUACCCAAUACUGGUAACGUAAAAGUGAAGUCAUUAAAAUGUAUUAAAAAUCUAUUAUAAAGUUUAUAUUACAACAGAAAAACUAAGAUUUUUUUUACUUAUUUCAUUUUGUAUUUAUCUUCCACGAUCACAAAGUCAAAUGUAGAAAAGACAUAUUUGAAAUGAAGAAUAAAGCUAUUUUAGAAGCACAAUUAUGAAAAAGAUUUAGUGCAAUAUUGCAGGCCGACACAUUAAGUGCUAAUUGGGUUAAUAUAUCAUUCACAUUUAGCAUUUUUAUUCUGUAAUGAGAUCAGUGAUAAACAGUUGAGAGACAGCUUUAAGGUAAAGGCAGAGCUUUCACGUGUUUCUUUCAUUUGGGUUUAAUUAAUGGGGAUUUAAAUAUGAAUUCAUUAUAACGACUAAUUGUAGCUAUUUUGGCACUUUUUGGGUUCCAGAGAAAUUACUCUGCUAAUCUGACCUGAUUUUGUCCUGAAGCUGAUAAAACAGAACGUGUUUGCUGAUGUUUAACUGGAAAAUCUCAGAAGGGAUUUCUUUUGAAUGUUUGUGAAGUUUUUGAAGCAAAAAUACUAAAAGAUGGCACUAAUGAAGUCCACUGACACUUUGCAGACAGAAUGCUGCGGAACAGAUCUGCUUUAGACGUCUUUGUGUGGUUUAUGUUGGUCAGAACACCUUCAGAUGUUUGAACCGAACACAUGUAACUGUGAUUUAUAUUUGAAACAGAAAUAUAUGAAGACAUUAUGCAAUAUUCAUCACUGAAAUGUAACAUUAUUUUCUAAGAAACCACUGAGUUUUUGUUCAAUUUUCAAUUCUGAAAAACCCAUUUUCUCAUCAUUUAUGAUUUUCAGUGUAAACAAUGAUUGAAAAUAAACUCUGAAAUGAAGAAUAAAAUUGAAAAUGAA